UGUCCUGCAUUUUGUCAGCUCAGUAGUGUCAGUAUACUAGUAUACUGUCUACUGCCACCAAGUUGACAAAAAUUGUAUAAAGUUUAAUUUAUAAAAUUUGUAUUUAUUUUGAUAAUUGAAAAUGUUUAAAAGAAGACUGAAAGCUCUUGGUUACGUGGAAUGGGAAAAAGUUAAUGUAAAUGAUCCACAACAUUUUCGUAAAGUAGUCAUUUGGUUGGAAGAUCAAAAAAUACGUCAGUAUUCUAUAGAGGAUAGAAAACCAUUGCGUAACUUACAGAGUGAAAACUGGCCUAAAGUUUUUGCCAAAUACUGUGAGGAUGUUAAAUGUCCAAUUUCAAAUAAGCCUCUUGAUCAGCUUGAAUGGUUGGUUGGACAUGCAAUCUGGUUAGAGGCAGAAAAUAAUGUUGAAGAAUACUCACAAAAUGUGAAAGAAAUGAAACUGAAAAUGAAAGAAGAAGCAAAAGUACCUCAGCUUAGAUCAAAAAAUCCACUUGACAACCUAGAUUCGAUAAAUAAAUUUAGAAAUAGAAAAUUCAUCGAUAUGUCGGCUAAACGAAAAAGUCUGACGACUAAAAAAGGCCGUGGAAAAUCGAGAAAAGUUGAAUACGACGAAGAGGACAUUUCCAGUGAACACGAUUCAGAUGUUGAUGACGCCGAGACCGGCUCGAAUGCCGACGGUGAGGACGCUGCCGAAGAUGAUCUUACCGACGUCUCCACUAUCCCGGAAUUGCCGCCACCUGAGGGAGGAUGGGGGAAGCCUGGAACAUUGCUCAUGUGUGGCCUCACGAAUUGGGAUAUGGCAGGUCGUAAAGCUCCACCAAAAGGAGUAAAAGUAAAUGUCGGACGUAGUUUGUGGACUCCACAUACGUUUAAAAAUUUAAAUGGCUCUCGUGUCAGAUUAGUUGCCUCUGGCCCAGCUGCUUCACAUAGUAUUAUUGUUACAGAAGAUAACAGAUGCUUAGCUUUCGGUAGAAAUGAUAAAGGUCAACUAGGUGUUGGUGAUACGAAACGUCGAGACGAACCAACCGAAGUGACAUCGUUAAAGGGGCAUACGGUUAUAGCAGCAUCAUGUGGUCGUAAUCACACUUUAUUUUUAACCAGUCGUGGUAUAGUUUUUGCUGCUGGAGACAAUAAAUUAGGUCAAUGCGGGGUUGGAAAAUCCGAUGCCUGCAUUGUAUCUGCUACUAAAGUAAAAUACUCUGGUCCUCCUAUAGUUAAAGUAGGAUGCGGGGCAGAAUUUUCAAUGAUUUUGGAUAUUAAAGGUGGUCUACACUCGUUCGGAAGUCCAGAAUAUGGAGCACUCGGCCACAAUACCGAUGGAAAAUAUUUCAUAACGAACACAAAGAUGGCGUUUCAUUUUGAGAAAGUGCCUAAGAGAAUUGUUUUAUACGUUGAAAGAGCUAAGGACGGCCACGUUACGCCUUUGGAUUGUGUCGAGAUUACAGAUUUCAGUUGUGGACACUAUCACACCGUUGCGAUCGACAGUAAAAAUCGUGCAUUCUCCUGGGGAUUCGGUGGUAUCGGCCGUUUGGGUCAUAACGAGCAACGAGACGAAUUAGUGCCUCGUUUAAUUAAGUUCUUAGAACCACCUAAUCGAGGCGUAAGAGCUGUACAUUGUGGUAGUACUUAUAGUAUUGCCAUUAACGUUCAUGGAUCAGCCUUAAUGUUUGGACAAACGAAACGUACAGGAGAAGCGAAUAUGUAUCCGAAACCAAUUCAGGAUUUGUCUGGUUGGGAAAUAAGAUGCGUUGGAUGUUCCCAAACUAGUGUAGUAGUUGCAGCUGAUGACUCGGUUAUCGCUUGGGGUGCUAGUCCUACAUUUGGUGAAUUGGGUUUUGGUGAAAUGCGUAAGUCUUCGACUACCCCUAUGGAAGUGAAAGCAUUGGAAGGUUUGUAUAUUACUGCUGUUACCUGUGGUCUAUCUCAUACACUUAUGAUUUGCCGAGAUGAAUCUGAGGAAGAAAAAGUUAAGAUUAACAAACUUCAAGUGUAUUCUGUUUAAGUUACUUGAUUUUGCAUUUAACUCGCAUAAAAUUUAAAUGCUACCGAAUUAUCGCAUAAGCGUACUCAGAUACUUUUUCUGUAUUUGUCGUAAUUAUUACUAUACUGAAAGGUUAGAUUAUAAAAACAAAGAUACAUCACCAGUUUGAUGAAUAAGUUAGACAAGUAUAAGAAAGGAUUAAGAGAUCUGAAUGGUUUAUUAAUAGACUGUGAAAAACGUCCAUAUAAAGUAUAGACUUAAUUACUCUCUUUGUACUUCCAAUUUUACUUAAUGUAUGAAAGAAAGUUUACCAUAAUAGGGAACCCCAUUCUGUUAAUAGCUCAGGAUAUAGACCAAACGAAUAGAUGCAAAAAUAUAUUUUGAUACGUUGCUGUUUUAUUAAAGUACUCUCUGUGUCUUUAACAAAAAGAAAAAAAAAAAGAAACAAACAUAGUUGAUAUCUAUGAAAGAAGAGUACUAGAAGCUGGAAAAGAAUAUGGAAUUUAUCAAAUACUGCCUUUAAUUUUAUUAUUAAUUAUCACUCUAUUAUGUGCGAAAUAAUCUAUAUCAUUGAUUCAUUACAGUAGUACCUGAAUCAUUACAUCUGCAGAAAUCAUUUUUAUAUUCUAUGUACAGAAACAGUUUAGAAGCAGUUAUAAAAA